GCUGUCAUUUAAUUUUGAGGUUAUUUUAAUCAAAAUAAACAGUGCCUGAUUGAUAAUACGUGUAAUAUUUUAUAUUUAAAUCCAAAACUACAUUCCAAAUAAAGUAAAAAAUGUACAAAUCAAAUAAUUUAACCAGUGACAACUUAAAUAGUUUCACAAGUCUUUUGAAAACAAAAUGGGACGAAAUUCACAACGAAACAGAUAUAUUUCGGUAUAAAAUUGAUGAUUUGGAGGAAAGGAUUGUUGAUGGGAAAUAUUUCCUACAGUUAAACCCAGACCGGCGAUCUAAAAGAAGAACUCCAGAAGAAAUGACCAGUAUUUGUCAACCAUUUGACGAAAAAAAGUUCCAUUUCAAUAAAGUCUCUUCAAAAGAAAUACUCUUUUCUUUGGAAGGCGAAGAUGGAGACUUACACACGGUAUUAGUGAAUGUGAGCCCUAUAUCCAGGUACCAUUCCUUGCUAUGUCCAUCUGUGAAUAGAUGCUUACCUCAGGUGGUAACUCCGGACAGCCUGAAAUUAGUGGUACAGAUCAUGUUCCAAGUUGAAGAUCGAGAUGUAAGAAUUGGAUUCAAUAGCAUUUGCGGUUUUGCAUCUGUCAAUCAUUUGCACUAUCACAUAUUUGUUGAAGAAAAAUCUUUACAUAUAGAAUGUGUGAACUGGCAACACUUCAAAGGGGAAAUGUAUCUCCUGGAUGACGAAUCAACAGUACCUGCAUUUUGUUUUAAAAUACAAAAGGAAUCUUCUAGCCAGACAUUGCAACAAGCUUGGAAAGUUCUAGAAUACUUUUUGGAGAAGUCCAUUGCUCAUAAUAUUCUCUUCACUAAAAGGGGGUUGGGUGGUGAUGAUGUGGUAUAUCUGAUAGUUUGGCCACGGAGGAAUACUUCUGGUGCUAAACAGUUGUCUGCAUUCAAUGUGGCUGUUUUGGAACUUAGUGGCUGGUUCCCUAUAUUUGAUGAAGAAGAAUUCAAGAAUGUUCAAGCAAAAGAUCUUCAGGCAGAAUUAAUGAAAUGGAAAAGGGAUGAUUUUAAAAGUAUUUGUGAAAAUAUUAAAGGUAUAUUGUAAUAAUAAUAGAAAAUUGUAGAUUAUAAAAUCAGUGGUGCAUAAUAAAUUAUUUUAUUCAUGUUAAA